AAAUUAUUUUGUAAGGGUUCAUCCACCGUAUGAACACAAGAACCCUUCAAUCCUUUGUUGUUUCACGUAUACCCAAUUCAACUUUCACGCUUUCAUUCUACGCAAACUGACUCUGUUUUUCAUGAACCCUCGUUCAUGCUCCUUACGAAAUCGAUGUUGUGAUUUCACCAAUUUUGUGGUGUGUUAAGCAGUGCAAAUUCAGAAGGCAUGGAAAAUUCCCAAGAUCAACCACUUCCUCCAGGUGUUCCUUCAUGGCCAAACUAUGCCCAUGCCGUUCCUUCACCUCAAUACCCUUUUCCUCCCAACGCCUCCGACAACCUUCAACAUGAAAUUAACCCUUCCAAUUCUAAUCUUACUGUGAACACUAGAGUGGAUGAUGCCACAGUGACAGUUUCAAAUAGCAUCGCUUCAAACUACUAUGGAGCACAGUUCAAUGGGUCGCGCGACAUUGACAUUGCUGCUCAGGAUGCAGUACUGCGCGAACAAGAAAUUGCGAUGCAAAAUGUCAUAAGGAGUCAAAGGGAGGGAAGAACUGCUGUUGCACCUAACGAGGACAAUUUGGAUGUAUUCUCGGAGCGGCGUGACCCCAACGCUUUGAAGGAGCAUCUGUUGAAAAUGGCCACAGAGCAUAGGGCUGAAAUGGCUGUGAAACGUGGGAAAGCUGCACGUGUGGAAGAAGGUAACACAGAAAUAGGCAAUGGAUAUGGUGUGCCUGGUGGAGGUGCCUAUUAUGAUGGUCCAAAACUUAAUACUGCUGCAGUAGGUAACAAUGCCAUCAGUCAGUCUGAUCCUAUGCUCGAUAGAUGUUCAGAACAGAAACCUGCAGCUAAAGAAUUGCCUGAGUACCUCAAGCAGAGGUUGAGAGCUAGGGGUAUUCUUGGAGACAAUUCAUGCACGGCAGAACUUUUUCAGAAAGUCACUGCAGAUGAAGUUACGGAAUAUCAAAAGUUGCCACCAGGAUGGGUUGAGGCAAAAGAUCCUGGAAGUGGGGCAUGUUAUUAUUAUAAUGAAAGUACAGGGAAGAGUCAAUGGGAAAAGCCUCAAGAAUCAUACUUAACUGAGCAAUCACCAUCAUCUUCACACCUUCCAGAAAAUUGGGUGGAGUCAUUGGAUGAAACAACAGGUCAUAAGUAUUAUUACAAUACAAAAACUCAUGUAUCACAAUGGGAGAGGCCUAAUUUAGCUCACGAAGUUUCUGUUGGUGAUGGAUAUGACCAAUCAUCUAAUUUACCACGUUGCAUGGGAUGUGGUGGUUGGGGUGUUGGCCUUGUUCAAGCAUGGGGUUACUGCAAUCACUGUACAAGGGUUCUGAAUCUUCCUCAAUGUCAGUAUUUGUCCUCAAGUUUGAACAAUCAGCAAAGCAGUGCUGCACAUCCCUCUCAAAUUUCAGACAAUAAGUCUAACAAAGAGAGGACCAGUUCGAAACCUCCAUUUCACAAAGGAAGUAGAAAAGGGGGAAAGAAACGUGCUCAUGCAGAGGAUGAUGAGUUGGAUCCCAUGGACCCUAGCUCCUAUUCUGAUGCUCCUCGGGGUGGCUGGGUCGUGGGUCUGAAAGGUGUGCAGCCACGAGCAGCUGACACAACAGCAACAGGUCCUCUCUUUCAACAACGACCAUAUCCAUCUCCUGGAGCUGUUUUGCGGAAGAAUGCUGAAAUUGCUUCUCAGAAGAAGAAACCAAAUUCACAUUUUACUCCGAUUUCCAAAAGGGGUGAUGGAAGUGAUGGGCUUGGUGAUGCAGAUUAGAACCAUCUUAUCAGAUACAUUUUACUCUAAUAUCCAGGAGUUAGAUAAGGAUGUCACUGCAUUGGCAAAACCAUCUGUGCUGUUGUGCAGUAAUACUGUGACUUACUGCAAAUGGCAGAACGGAAGCUAUACAUGAAGCAUUCUGACGGGUGAUGAUGAAAAUGGAACUCGGCUUGGCAGGCAUUCAUGAGCAGAAACGUCAUAACCAUAUGAUUUUCCACGAUUGGAAAAAUCUAGAACCUCAAGGUUGUGAGAAAGGAAAUUCUGAGCCUUCCAACAUGGUCUGUGCUCAUUCAUUUUGUUCAUCAUUAUAGCUAGUCAUGUUACGCUGGAAAUAUAAUUUUCUUUUUUCAUUAUAGUAUGAUGGUAUUUUAUGAUGGUUGAUGGAUCUGUGUGUAGUCCAGAUCUUCUUCACUUUCUUGGAAUACCUGUAUUUGGUGUAGAUUCUCAGAUUUCAUCUAUCGUUUUAUUUAUAAAAAUUGGGACACAACAGCAUUUUCACGAGUU